AAAGCGCCCAUGAAGACUCGAACGAGAUUCGAGUUGAAGGUAGAGGUAGCUUUCGAAUACAGCCACCGCUCCUGAGAUUUCUCGCGCGACAGUCAAGCGCAACGUCCGCCGUACUCCAAACUGGUGGUGUUAAGUUCCCGGCGGGCGUGGACCUCUGAUAGGAGAGUAGAGAGAGCAGUUGUGGACAUUAGCAGCGGUGUAGGUGUUCUGUCUGUUGAUCGAUGGGUUCCAACGAUGAAUUGCUGGAGGGAAGUGUGGAGAAUAUAUUGGAGCAGGAUUCGUUGAAGUGGAUUUUCGUUGGGGGGAAGGGAGGUGUUGGGAAGACUACGUGCAGCUCGAUUCUGUCAAUCUUGCUGUCGCGGGUGCGUUCCUCCGUGCUCAUCAUCUCCACUGAUCCUGCGCAUAAUCUAAGCGAUGCGUUCCAGCAGAAGUUCACCAAGAGCCCCACUCUUGUUAAUGGCUUCUCUAAUUUGUAUGCUAUGGAAGUCGAUCCUACCGUGGAACAAGAUGACAUUACUGGUGGAGAGAAUGCUGGAUUUGUGUCAGAUUUAGCCAAUUCCAUCCCAGGAAUUGAUGAAGCUAUGAGCUUUGCUGAGAUGCUCAAGCUAGUGCAAACCAUGGAUUAUUCUGUCAUAGUGUUUGAUACUGCUCCUACUGGACAUACUCUUCGGCUGCUACAAUUCCCUUCCACCUUAGAAAAAGGGCUUGCCAAAAUGAUGAGUUUGAAGAAUAAGUUUGGUGGCUUGUUGAGCCAGAUGACUCGUAUUUUUGGUGUUGACGAUGAGUUUGGUGAAGACGCUAUACUUGGAAAACUUGAGGGGAUGAAAGAUAUGAUCGAACAAGUGAACAGGCAAUUUAAGGAUCCGGACAUGACAACUUUUGUCUGCGUUUGCAUUCCAGAAUUCCUUUCUCUUUAUGAGACCGAACGCCUUGUUCAGGAACUGACCAAAUUUGAGAUCGACACACACAAUAUUAUCAUCAACCAAGUAAUUUUCGAUGAAGAAGUGGUAGAGUCAAAGUUGCUUAAAGCCCGAAUGCGCAUGCAGCAAAAAUACCUGGAUCAAUUCUACAUGUUAUAUGACGAUUUUCACAUAACUAAGCUACCAUUGCUUCCACAAGAGGUUUGUGGUGUCGAAGCACUGACAGCAUUUUCGCACAAUUUCUUAUCACCAUACCAACCAUCCAUUACCCGGGGAACAGUAGAAGAGCUGGAGCAGAGAGUAUCGGCACUGAAAGAGCAGCUAAGGGAUGCGGAAGCAGAGCUGGAAAGAAUGAGAAAGGGCAAGCAGAAAAUCUGAUUCAGACAAGAUCCCAUCAAUGGAGCAAUCUGGUCGAUGCUCUGUAGAUUGCACUUCUCCGAGAGUUCAAUUCAAUAUAUGUAACUUUGAGGGCAUAUCAUAUCAUACAAGUUCAACCAACAUGUAAAACUAUCUGAACUCCUCCCCCUGUGUUGAUGGAUUCUUCAAAAGAUUCAUUCUUGAUUUGCUUUGCACAUCUUGCAAUAAGAGAUCAAACAGUGUCUUUCUUGAUUAA